AUGGCGAUGCUCUUCAUUCACGGUUGCUGUUUGGUGAUCUGGUUCUUCCUGUGUUGCCGGUUCCGCGUCCGGUAUUUCCCUCUGUUAAUACCUUUAUUUUUGCUCCUUUUUCACCGUCUGAUGAUGGUGGUGAUGGCGAUUCAGCUUCUGGUGGUUUUGAUGGCACUGCUGGUGAUAAUGUCGGUGCUUCUUUCAGCCUCGAUGGUAAUGUGGGUUCUCUAUCUUUCGUUGAACCUCUUGUUGUGGCUGUUGGGUCUGCACCUCCCAAUUCUUCCCUUUUUUCUGCUUCUAUUUGGUUUUCAAGUUGCCUUUUUUCUCUUUCAUUACCUUUACCGUCAACGCCUAUCCGGUAAUUUUGUUUCGACUCCUGCUUUUCUGCUUCCAUUGCCUGUUGGUUGCGUUUUGACCAAAUUCCUUUGCAUGCUGGCAAUCAUUACGUUUUGUUUAUCCGAAUUUUUCUCUACGUCGUCGGGACCUCCAGCGACCCGCUGUAGUAAUUCUCGUUCUUUACCUUUACGGUCUUGA